AUGAGCUUCAUCCCUUCAUUUGAAAGGUUCGAACUGAUGCAAAUUCCAAGGUCCUACAACUCUCACACUGACGCAUUGGCAAAGUUAACAAGUAGCAGAGACUCAGAACUACUCACUGUGGUUCCAAUUGAGCAUCUCGCUAGACCUUGGAUCGAAGUCAGCGAAACGGUAAUGUGGAUAGAGAGUGCACCUCUCUGGAUGAAACCUAUCAUAUCCGAUCUAAAGGAUCAGGUCCUACCUCAUCAGAAAGAAGAAGCUCAGAAGCUACGGAGAAGGGUUGCUCACUUCAUCCUCCAAGAUAAUGUGUUAUAUAAACGCGGAUACUCGCUACCCCUGCUGAGAUACAUUGGAGAAGAACAAGCAAACUAUGUACUCAGAGAAAUCCAUGAAGGCGUCUAUGGCAAUCACACCGAAGGUUGGUCGUUGGCACAAAAAGUACGUAGGUAA